AUGACAGACAGUUUAGAAAUCGAUAGAGAGUUUGUAGUCAUCAGGGCCCUUCUUCUCAGAGUUUACACGUACAAUAAGGGGGACAAUAGAUGGGCUAUUCAUAGAAUGAAUCGUCGAGAACAUUUCAAAGACUUAAGUCAGGUUAAAAGUUUAGGCAUCUUGCCAAGUCCUCCACCCAUGCUACGUAAUCAGUCAAGGUCAAACUCGAGGGAUAGUUGUAAUUUUCAUAAUGACGAAGGACAUAAGAUUGAAGAUUAUUCUUCUUUGAAAGAUCUUAUUGAAGAAACAGUGAUGAAUGGUGAACUUAAAGAUUUUAUGGCUUGGGAUGCUACAUUGUCAGGUCAAACUUCACGAGGCGAUAACAAGGACAUGCCUAGUGUGGAUCUUCAAGUGAUCGUUCAUAGGUUAAACGUAUCUCCUGAGAUCAAGCCAAUUAAGCAGAAGAAAAAAAGAUUUGCUCCACAGGUCAUAGAGGCCAAAAGGCAGGAGGUUUCGAAUGUUGUGAUGGUGAAGAAAACCAAUGGAAAGUGGAGAAUAUGCAUUGAUUUCACCAACCUUAUCAAAGCUUGCCCCAAUGAUAGUUUUUCUUUACCCUCGAUUGAUAGGUUGGUUGAUGCAUCCUCAGGUCAUAAAUUCAUGAGUUUUAUGGAUACAUUCUCGGGUUAUAACCAAAUUUUCAUGGCUUUAGAAGAUCAGGAUAAAACAACUAUUAUCAAAGAAGAAAAGUUUUUUUACUAUCGAGUUAUGCCUUUUGGGUUGAAGAAUACAUGUGCGACCUACCAAAGAUUGGUUAACAAGAUUUUUAGAAAGCAAAUUGAAUGCAAUGUUGAGGUUUAUUUUGAUGACAUGUUGGUAAAGAGCUCCACUCUGAAGGGACAUAUGAAGUUGAAUAUGGAGAAAUGUGUUUUUGGUGUAAGAGCGAGCAAAUUUCUAAGCUUCUUGGUUUCAGAGAUGGGUAGAAGAGAACCUAGAGAAGAUUCGAUCCAUUUUAGAUAUGUCUCUCCUGAGGACCUUCAAAGAUAUUCAGCGCCUAAAAGGGAGGGUGGUUGCACUUAA